AUGCAGGAGCACACAAUAUUGACUUGCAUAGGUAUGCUUUUUGAUUAUUAUGAACGAUAUUGGUUAAGAAACGUAGGAGUUGAACUACUUUCUGUGUAUAAAAAAGUUUAUAGGACAAACAAUAAUAUUGAAUCUUUCCAUAAUAAACUAAAGCAAACUUUUCAAGUAUCACAUCCCAACAUAUGGGCAUUUUUAGGGAAUUUGUGUAAAAUAAACACAAAUUAUUUAAUAAAGUUAAAUCAGUUGGAAAACGGUUUAGCUCUCACUCGAAAUAUGAAAUCAAAGUAUAUAACAAACGAUUCUAGAAUUAGAACAGCUAGUCGUCAACUGCGUCAGGGUAGACUCAGCAUUAAAAGUUUCCUUUUAAGAUGUUCAUUCUCCGUAGCAGGAUAUGAAGAAAGGAUGCGUUUCAUGGCUUUGGGUCAAAACAAUAUAGAACCUCUGUUGAUGAAUGAUGUUAUUACUUGUUUUUUUAUUUUUAAAAAUAAUCUUGACGUUAAUGUAGAUGAGCCUGCUAACAAUGUAGAAGAACCUGUGGUUAAUGAAGGCGUACAUAACAUAAAUGCAGACAACUUAUUUGAUAUUGGUUCUGACAAUAGUGAUAUUAUGGUAUUUGUAAGACGUAGAAGAAGGAUUUUUAGUAUCACUGAUGAUGAAUCCGAAAAUGAAUCAAAUCGUUAUGAUGUUGAAAACCUAGAAGUUCCACAACAUGAACCGCUUAUUAAUAUUUUUGAUGAAUUCCGUACGGAGUACAAUAGGGAGCUUGAUCUACAAGGAGUAGAACCAGUGGUUGACGAAAAUAAUGUUGACGUUGACGUUGACAUGUUGUUAGACAAUGACCCAGGUAAUAUAAACUAA